CUACCAUCAAAAAGCCGCUGUUUCUUCUCUCUCUCUCUCUCUCUCCGAGAGUCCGAGCCAAAGUUUUUCUCAGCUAUUUCAAAAAGUCUAAGAAAACGAAGAAUACAAGAAUAUCAUCAUCAUAUUUCAUAAUAAAGAAGAAAAAAGAAAAAAAGAUUGCAAACCCUAAGAAAUCUUCUCGAAAUAUGGGUUGCUGAUCAGGAAUUGAACUCUCUGUUUUCGUACAUUUCCACGCAUUCAUCCUCAAUAUUAACUCACUCCACUCACGUAUGCUUCAAGACUAGUGAGGUAUAAUAACUUCAUCAUGGUUGCCACUGCUGCUUUUUUCCUUGGUCAUCAUGUGCCCCCUGAAUCUGGUGCCAAAACAUCUGCAAAGUUUGGAGGAAGUGCACCUGCAAGCAUAGACGCACAAGGCAUUAAGUUGAAAUCCUCCACUGCUAGAAAUUUGCAAGUUAAGGCCAGUGCACAAGCGCCUCCAAAGGUAAAUGGAACUGUGACAACUGUGAUGGAUGGCUUCAAGACUGAUGAUGAGGUGACCACUUCACAUCCCUCAAAGACAUUUAUCAAUCAGCUGCCGGAUUGGAGCAUGCUUCUUGCAGCCAUAACAACUAUUUUCUUGGCCGCUGAGAAGCAGUGGAUGAUGCUAGAUUGGAAGCCGAAGCGCCCUGACAUGCUCAUUGAUCCAUUUGGUUUGGGAAGAAUUGUUGAAGAUGGUUUUGUUUUUCGUCAAAAUUUUAGUAUCAGGUCUUAUGAAAUAGGAGCUGAUAGAACUGCAUCAAUAGAAACAAUGAUGAAUCAUUUACAGGAAACUGCGCUGAACCAUGUGAAGACGGUGGGAAUCAUGGGUGACGGGUUUGGCUCAACUCAGGAAAUGUGCAAGAAAAAUUUGAUUUGGGUAGUCAGUAAAAUGCAGGUUAUUGUGGAUCGUUACCCUGCUUGGGGUGAUCUUGUUGAAGUAGAUACGUGGGUAGCUGCAUCAGGAAAGAAUGGUAUGCGACGUGAUUGGCUUCUCCGUGAUUUUUAUACUGGGGACACUUUAAUGAGAGCUUCCAGUGUGUGGGUGAUGAUGAAUAAAGAGACAAGAAGGUUAGCAAAAAUGCCUGAUGAAGUUAAAACUGAAAUUGGAAGGCACUUUUCGGAUAGGGCUCCAAUUGUUGAAGAGGAUAGUAGGAAAUUACCAAAGCUUAAUGACGAGACAGCAGACUCCAUUCUUACUGGACUAACUCCAAAGUGGAGUGAUUUGGAUGUGAACCAGCAUGUUAAUAAUGUGAAGUAUAUUGGGUGGAUGUUGGAGAGCGCCCCCUUGCCAAUUUUGGAGAAUAACGAGCUAGCUGCCAUGACUCUGGAGUACAGGAAGGAAUGCGGGAGGGACAGUGUCCUGCAGUCUCUCACCUCUGUUCUGGGAAACAAUGUUGACAACCCUGAAACUGUGGAAUGCCAACAUUUGCUUCGUCUUGAGGGUGGCGACGAGAUUGUUAAAGGGCGGACCGAGUGGAGGCCGAAACUUGCAAACAGGCCCGGGAACAUGGUCCAGCUCCCAGCAGAAAGCAGCUAGGAAGCCUGUGUUCUCUGCUCCAUAUCGUAAUUCCCACGUAGAAAUGCUUCUUCUGCUAUGUCGUCAUCUAGAUAUAUAUACAUACGUAUAUGCUUUCUCCCCUUGGUAUAUUCCGCCUUGUGUCUGCAUUGUUUACCUCACAAUUAUGUUAGCAGUUUUAAGGUCGUGUAAGUACAGUCCUUCCCCAGUUGCCCUCCCAUCUCUUCUUUUUCUUCUUUUUUUUGGGCACAUCAACCCAUCCGAAUAACUGCUGUUCUUUUCAUUCCCAAAUGCUUUAUUUUUGUUAUUCUUUAUAGGAUAAUUUGUUAUUCUUGUU